UCUCCGCGACCCCAGUGUUAGGCUGGUUCCCUCGGCGUGGAGGUGGGAGGGCGUUUUGUGUGUUGGGGUAGCGGGUCCCGGCCCCGAGUCAGGAACCUGUGGUAUGACUUUGCCGAGCCCAUUUCAUGUGGGAAAAUGAUGUCAGGACUUUCCCGGACGCGUGUCUCGUGGGAAAGUUCCCUCCGUCCCCGGAAGUGCCAGCAGCCACCGCGUGCGUGGAGUGCUCUGGCGGCCAGCGCUUGCCGCGGGACCCCGUGAGUCGGGCGCUCACGUUGUCCCCAGCCCGCUCCCUUAGUGCCCCGUCUGGCUUUUCUCCUUGUUGGAGGGCCCGCCCCGAGCUCGCGAGUGGCCAAGAGGGCUGUGCCUCGGGGAGCCCCGCUAAAGCCGCGGUUCCGCCUGGCCGCCGACUUGACUUUUCUGGUCAGGGCUGUUGGCACUGCGGUCCUGUGGGCCGACAGGUGCGGUGCUUUCUCUGGAGAAGUCCCUCAGGAUCUAGGAGGGAGCGCAGGCUUGGGUUCUGAUGGACUCGGGAUGGCAGAAACAGGAUUCGUUCAUGGCAAUAGCUGCAUCCUCCUUCAGUCGACUGCCUGAACGAGAUGACUGCUUCGGGCUGCUUCGUGGCAGGGAGUCCUUUCUCCUGGGAGAGUCGGCCUUGCUGGGCUGCUAGUUGAUAGCGUGCGUGGUGCUUCUCUGGUUUAGUAUCUGGUUGGUGGCCGGAUACCUGCCCUCGUUAAAAUUCACCGCUUGGGGGUGCCUCCCAGAAUGUUUUUUGUUUGUUCUAAGAGAUGCAAGACGACUUCCGGUUCUCUGAUUUUGAAGUCACAGUUUCUGUCAGUUCCUGCCAGAUUUUUGUUUUAAAUCCCCAUGGUCUUAGUAUUACCGUUUACUGCAGUUUCAGGCCUGCACAUUGUAAUGCACGGGUCUCAGUGUGGAAGGGUCUUUCAAAAGUGACGUGCAUUGAGGUCUGCAAACUUUUUUUUUUUGGUUACAGUGCUUAGCUCUGCCCAUUGCCACAUGAUCUCAUCUUCUACCAAGAGGCUUUGGAUAUAAUUGAGACCACAUGAGGUUAGGAUGAGUCUAGUGAGUGGUGAUACAGAGCCAGGAGUGGGAGAGUUUCCAGUAAAGUGUCCUAAGCCUCUUUAAGGUCUGAUCUGCCUAAUUUGGUUUUUUUUUUUUAAUUCAUGUUUCUAAUUUGCCAGUUAUAGUCCUUUUGCUCUGCCCUCCCACCACCACCAAGUACCUCAAAGUAAAUUAAAUGUUAUUUUUGUCAUGUUAAUCACAGUUGAUGUUAAUUACUCAACAUCAUAGAAUUUGCUGUUAUUUUUUAAUCUUCACAAGAACUCCAAUAGAUUAGAUAUUAUUACUAUUAGAUUAUUAUUUUUUUUGAGAGACAGAGCUUCUGUAUACAGGUUCAUUUUAAAUGCCCACAAAGGCUGGGCAUAGGCUGGGCUGAAGCUGGGAGUUGAGAACUCAAUCCUGGUCUCCCGUGUAGGUGGCAAGACCUAACUACUUCAGUCAUCACCACUGCCUUCCAGGUCUGCGUUAGCAGGAGCUGGAGUCAGGAGCCAGAACCCAAAUCCAGGUUCUCCAUUUUGGGAAGUGGGCAUCCUGUCAGGCUAACUGCUAGACUGGACGCCCACCCCAGCCAUAUUUAAACAGAUGUAGAGUAGUUGGUAAUCAAGGUCACAUAGGGUUAAUUAGUGGCAGAACUAGAAUUAGGCCCCAGAAGGGUGACUCGAAAGCCCAUACCCUUAAGCAUGACUCCUGUGAAAAGGAGAACACUUGACCUGUAAGGAACUUCUUGGUUGGAAUUUAUUAGAGGGAGACAGAGAAAACCACUCUUCCAUAGGGAAAGGAGAGAAAGUGCCUCAAAAGGAGGGUAGAAAAGGACAACUAUUCGUGAAGAAAAACCUUGGAUGGUGAGGGUCUAUCUGAAGCAAGCUGAAGUCUGCAACUCUGUGUUUGCUCUUUCCCAAGCGUGGGGGUGCUUCCUUCUCAUGCCCUUGUGUAGAGUAAGAUUCAGAUUUGAUACAGAUUUGUCAGCUAUCUAACAUUUUUAAAAAUCUUGAAAAAAUGAGGUGCCUCCUGGGGUUGAUGGGAUUUAGGGCUUCUUUGCUUUUUCAUUAAAGAUGGAAAGGUGACAGGAAGGUAGUGGAAAAUGAUUCCAUGGAGGUGAAGGUAGAGGACACUCAAUCAGAACAGUCGGGCUGCAUUUGAAAGACUGUCGAAGCCCUGGUGUGAGAGCAGCAUCUUCCACUGGUUCCCCUUUCAGUACUUCUGAUGGUUGUGACUCCUGAUCACACUGGUUCCCCUUUCAGUACUUCUGAUGGUUGUGACUCCUGAUCAAGGCCUCAGUACCAACUCUGACCAUGUGGACCGCUGACGAGAUUGCUCAGCUAUGCUAUGAGCACUAUGGGGUCAGGCUGCCCAAGCAGGGGAAACCUGAGCCAAAUCGCGAGUGGACGUUGUUGGCAGCCAUAGUGAAGAUACAGUCUGCAGCUGGCCAGGCCUGUGACACCCCUGGUAAACCAGCGCAAGUGACAAAGGAAGUUGUCUCAAUGGGAACAGGAACGAAGUGCAUAGGCCAGUCCAAAAUGAGAAAGAGCGGAGACAUCCUCAAUGAUAGCCAUGCGGAAAUCAUAGCCAAAAGGAGUUUCCAGAGGUAUCUUCUCUAUCAGCUGCACAUGGCAGCCGCAAUGGAAGAGGGGAGUAUCUUUGUCCCAGGAACGCAGAGAGGACUGUGGAAACUCAGACCAGACCUCUCUUUUGUGUUUUUCUCCAGCCACACGCCCUGUGGUGAUGCAUCCAUUAUUCCAAUGCUUGAGUUUGAAGAACAGCCUUGUUGUCCUAUCAGCAGAGAUUGGGCCAACAACUCAUCAUUAGAAGCCAGCGUUAACCCAGAGUCUCCAGAAAAUAAAAGGAGAUGUGACAGUCCUGACAGUCCUGUAUCUAAAAAGAUGAGGCUCGAACCUGGAGCUCCCAUUAGGGAGGCAGCCAAUGGUACAGCUCCCUGUGGCAAGCAGGAAAGUAGCUCAUUCCCACCAGGUGUUAGCAGUUCUAAUCGCACUGCAGAGAGAUCAGCCACUGUCACCGGAAUGGACCAUAGGGGCGCCAAAGUGGUGGACGUUUACAGAACUGGAGCCAAGUGUGUGCCUGGAGAAGCUGGGGACUCAGGGCAGCCUGGUGCUGCCUAUCACCAGGUGGGGCUGCUCCGAGUGAAGCCAGGCCGUGGAGACAGGACAUGCUCCAUGUCCUGCAGUGACAAGGUCGCCCGAUGGAAUGUCCUGGGUUGUCAAGGUGCGCUGUUGAUGCACUUCCUGGAAGAGCCCAUCUACCUGUCAGCUGUGGUCAUUGGGAAGUGCCCAUACAGCCAGGAAGCCAUGCAGAGAGCACUGCUCGGGAGGUGUCAGAAUGUUUCAGCUCUACCCAAAGGCUUUGGUGUUCAAGAACUGAAAAUACAGCAGUCAGAUUUACUGUUUGAACAGAGCCGCUACGCAGUGCAGGCAAGGACGACUGACAACCCAGGCCGACUUGUUCCUUGUGGGGCAGCCAUCAGCUGGAGCGCAGUUCCUGAGCAGCCAUUGGAUGUUACUGCCAAUGGCUUCCCACAGGGAACCACAAAGAAGAGAAUUGGAAGCCUUCAAGCCAGAUCCCGAAUCAGCAAGGUGGAGCUCUUUAGAUCCUUCCAGAAGCUUCUCAGCAGCAUGGCAGAGGACAAGUGGCCAGACUCCCUCAGGGCGCGGAAGCUGGAGACCUACCAGGAGCACAAGGAGGCCGCUGCUGCUUACCAGGAAGCCUGGCGCACACUCCGAAAGCAGGCAUUUGGACCCUGGAUCAGAAACCCACCGGACUAUCACCAGUUUAAGUGAGAAGGAAAGGUUUUUAAAAUGCUUGCUGGGAGCAGCCUCCUUCCUUUAUGCUGGACGAGCCCUGGCUUUUCUGGUGGCUAAAUCAGGAAAGAAGAAGAAAAAAGGAAGAAAGAACCUUCUCCCAGAGCACUGUACCUCGUAAGUGUAAUACAGAUGAAACCCAGGACAUGAAGCAGUCUGUACUCGACUGAUGUAACUCUCAGCUUAAAAUGGCAUCUCACUAAUGCACAGGUGACUUUAGCAUCUGACUUCAAGUUGUGUUUUAUGUCUUCUCUGAAAUGUAAAAUGAGAAUUUGGAACAUAACACUCCUUAAAAGUAGUCUGCAGCAGCUGUGUUUUAUGUUUUCCUACAUUGAUUCAACCAGAAUUUUUGGAACUGAGGUGAUGUUUGACUCCACGAGCCUUUCAGCUUUGCCUGGCAUAGUGAACAUGUAUUGUGUCCCCAGCCUUUCUUAUGAGGAGCCAUCAUUGUCCCAGUCCUCAGUGAUCCUGCUCUGUCCACUAGACAUGGCUGAAGCCAGUCUCACUCUGGCUCAGGAACAAGUCCGGGACAAUCCUGAAGUUAUUCUCAGAGCUGUCAGGAAAGAUCCUUUUUGUGUGGAGCUGUAAGAGGCACAUGAUCUUGUAACUACCCACAACCGUCUUUUCCUACCACAUAGAGACAGCUAGCUGAGAAUGAAGAUGGCAAAGAAGGAACCAGCCAAGAGAGCCAAAGCUCAAGUGACACUGUUUGGAUACCUGCAGCCAUUGCCCAGCGUGGACUUCAUUUAUGUGAGACAAAUUCCUACUAUUGUGUUGAUUUAGGCUGUUUGAAUUCUGUCAGAAGGCCCCAAGCUUCUACAGCAAAUCAGCAACAGACCCAGCAACCAAUCUGUUUAACAACUAAUACUUAACUCUCAGCUUCUUCAGAUCUGGAGUGAUUGACUGAAAAUGGAAGUUUGGGUUAUUUAAGGUUAGCAAUUUUUACAGCUUUAACUGUUUUUUAUUAACUGUUUUGAGGUAUAAUUUAUAUACCAUAAUAUUCACCCACUUAAAAUACACAAUAUAGUGGUUUUUCAUGUAUUCACAGAGUUAUACAGUCAUCAGCUGUAGGAUAUUUUCAUCAACCCAAAACGAAACUUUGUGCCUGUAUUAGUUUCCUAGGGCUAUCUUCUUCUUCUUUUUUUUUUUUUUUUAGGGCUAUCUUAACAAAGUACCAUAAACUGGAUGGCUUAAAACAACAGAAAAUCAUUCUCAGUUCUGAAAGCCAGAAGUCCAAAAUCAAGUUGUCAGUGGAACUUAACGCUUCUUUUGGAAAAGUUUUAGAGACUAAUCCUUCCUUGUCACCAUUCCUCAUCCCCUAGUGGAUCCUGUCAGUCCUUAGUUCUCCUUGGCAUAUAGCUGCAUAACUUCAGUCCCUGCCUUUUUCCACACCGGACCUUCUUGCCCGAGUGUGUCUCUGUCUUCACAUGGCCUUCUUAGGAGGACCACAGUCAUUGGAUUUAGGUCCUCUGCUAAUCUGGUCUGAUCACAUCAUAACUAUAUCUUCAAAGACCUUUUUUCCAAAAAAAAGGUCACAUUCUGAGGUUCCAGGUGGACCUGAAAUUUUGAAGGAAACUAUUCAACUCAGUCCAGUACCCAUUAGUAUCCACUCUCCUAUUCUCAUCAACCAGUAAUUGACUUUCUGUCUUUUUGGACUUGCCUUUUCUAAUAUGCUGUGUAAAUGGAAUCAUAGAUUAUGUGAUCUUUUAUCACUGGCUUCCUUUUACUUAACAUAAUGUUUUCAAUUUCAUCAUCUUGUAGCAUGAAUUAGUGCUUUCUUUUUCUUUUUAUGAGAUAAAAAUAAUAUUCACUUGUA